AACAAAUGUUCGAUUCUGGAAGUAGCUUUGUGCGAGCAAGGGUGUAGAAAAGAAUGAUUAGUAGAUUCCGGUUAAAAGUACAGAGGUUACUUCACGAAACAAGGGAAUAUUAGACUAGCAUAUUAUUAGAACAAUGAGGUGUUCAGGCUAUAAGCUCUUAAUUAUAGCUGCUUUGGUGUGUGGUGUAUGUAGACAGGCAGAGGGCUUUACAAGAUAUAUGGAUGACAGUUCUGACUGCAGCCAGACUGAGACAGUUACCAGUUAUGGAGAAGUGACUGUCAAAGCUACAGGGACUGGAGGAUCUGCAUUUCUGCCAUCAUCUUGUAGAAUGACCUUCAAAGCUUUUUUAAGUACAUCUAAACUGAAAGUGACUUUUGAUUACUUUAAUAUGCCAAAUUGUGAUACAGACCUCUUCAUUUAUGAAUCUUUUACAACUACAUCAUUAAGGGAAAAACUCUCCUGUGGAUCCAGCAAACCCACUAGUUUUGUAACUUCUGGACGGUAUGUAACAUUGUUCCUCAGUCGUGGGACCUCUGUUGGACACCGUUUUACCAUAAAAAUCAGCGCACAGGAUGAUGACACUGAUUAUGAUUACAGUGACCUCCCUGGAAAAGUGUUCAACCUUGCUAUUGGUGUUUUUGUGGCCAUUGUGGUUGGGGUCGUGGCCGUAAUCGUGAUUUGCAUUGUUGUUUGUAUUUGUUGCUGUUGUCGUAACAACAGAAGAAGCACUGUCCGUCAGCCAGCUGCUGCUGCUGCUACAACCACUACCACUGUUACAGGCAGCACAGCUUAUCAUACAGUUCCCACGAGUGGGCCCCCAGGGUCUUACCCCCCAGGUGGUUACACACCUCAAGGUUACCCACCAGGGAGCACCCCAUAUCCACCCCCAGGGGGCACCCCAUACCCACCCCCAGGGGGCACCCCAUACCCGCCCCCAGGGGGUACCCCGUACCCACCCCCUGAGUCCACUCAAGGUUACCCAGCACCCCAGGCAUAUCCCUCUGCUCCCCCUGCCUAUGGAGAGGUGGAGUAUACCACAAAUAAUGAUCAGGUCAAAAUGGCUCCUCCUCCAUGAUGGAUAAAUCUAGAAACUGUAUGAGGACCAUGGUUGAUACUACAAUGUCGUGAUGGAUAAAGAGAAACUGCAUGGUGGCUAUGAUUUUUUUGCCAUUUCAUCCUUAUGGAUAAGUAGAAACUGUAUGGUGCCAUGUGUUUUUUUUUUUUGCCAUUAUUCCAUGAUGGACAAGUAGCAACUGUAUGGGAUCCAUGGUUUUUACCGUUAUGCCAUGAUGGAUAUCCAGAAACUGUGUGUCGACCGUGGUCUUUAACUUAAAAUAUUGUAGAUACUGCAUGGUGGCCAUCUAGAAAGUGUAUAGUUCAUGGGGAUGAAUGCCUGCGAAAUUGUGUAUUUUUCCAGAGUGGAUGCCUUGAAACAGCUUACUAUUCAAAUGUUCCUAUAGCCUUUUGAUUUGCCGUAAUGCAAAUAUGAAACCAUGCUGUAUUGUCUUGAAAUUGCAUUUAUGUUGAUUUGGUCAAUAUAGUGAAAUCUGUUGGGUUGCUUGUUGAUUGAAAAAUCUGCAAAAUGUAUUACCUCCAGUUUUGUAUUUGGUGCACUAGUACCUCUGUUUUUAGAAAUUUAGUAUUAGUAUAGGGACAAUCAUGAAAGUUAGAUGGGAUUUUGAGAACUUUAGUUUAUCUUGAUGCUGCCUGGGAUUCGAUACUUUAGAACUGGGCCCCGUAACUCGAAAGCAUCGUAAAUCGAAACUCGAAUAGCAACAUCAUAUAGAGGCUAUAGUGUAUUAUGUGGGGCAAGUAUGGGCGAGUUAUGGAAUCAAGAUGCUUGUGCUCGGUCGCUAUGUGCGAUACUUUUGAGUUACGGGGCCCUGGCAUAACUAGAAAUAUGUUAUGUGCAAUUCAACAAAAAUCUGUUAACACUGGUGAAAGAAUGUGUAUCAAAGUGUUGCCAGAAGUUAUCAGGAAGUGUAUGCUGUACAUUAGAACAACCUAGUGUGAAUACUAGUAUUAUCAAAUUAAAUAGUCAAACGUUCAUAGGGUAUAAGACUUUGUAACAUACUUACUAUAUAUAAUAUGUAGUCACUGUAGUAUAAUAGUGUUGUUAUAGAUUUUAUGGCUAUUGUCAGCUGAUUUUAUCCCAAGUAGAAAGUAUAUAAUAUUAGUCCAAUUAUUUUCUGUUUUUCUUCCAUCGAUGUUCAUGUAUAAAAUCAGUAAACGUGCUCCAAGUUCCAAUUUUGUAGCUUUACAUUGCAGCUUCCCAUGUGGUACAAAUGGUAUUUUAUGUUUCAAACAAACAUGUUUAUUGCUGAAAGUUUCAGUGUAUUAUUCAGGUAAUACCAUGGUAUGUUUUCCUUGUAAAUUUGUAGAGUCCAUUGCCUUUUAUAUAUUACAUUAUAACACUGUUGUAGACAGUUAUACCACUGGUAUAUAUACUAUUUGUGUGCUUACUGGAAUUAAGGCAUAAUUCUGCUUUCAGAACACAUGUUCAUGUACAUAUAUGCUCAUGCUUUUAAUUAUAAAUGAUUGAUGUCUCGUUGUAACAGGGUUUCUCCCAAAAGUUUUUUCCUGUUAUGCAUAUUUGCAUAAUAUAUGGUACUCAUGCAAUGUAAAACUUAUUUUCUUACUUCUAAGUAAUACAGCAAUACUGCAAUAAAAGGGAGCAGUCUCUGUACUUUGAUCCAACGGUAUGAAUUUACGCACAUUUGUUGAUAUGGUAUUCUUUGCUAUUUUUGAUAUGAAACCAUAUCAAUAUGGCAGCCAGAUUCCAAUUUUCUGCCUAUAUGGAGAUUUUCAGAAAAGUAAAAAAAAAAACUUUUUGAAAUUAUGUACGGUUCUUUCAUUCUUUAAUGCUUCCAAACUGAGAGCUGAUGUAUGUUUUGUCUUGCUAUUAUGGCAAUUUCUCACCAAUUUAAAAUGCCACUUUUUCAAACAUUUUCAUAGUUCAACAUUUAUCAUAUAAGUUGCUCACUUAAAUGCAAACUCGGUGACCUAAACCCAUCUCAGUGUUCAAAAUGUUUUAAUGAAAAUUGUGAAAUGAUUAUCAAAUUUUUAUGUUGGAAAUAUUAUUUAUCUUUUUUGUUUGCAGUUAGAAAGAUAUUGUAUUUGCUGUCUCAGAGGCCAUGUUGAUACAAGAUUGGAGAAACAAUUCGCUUUUUGAAAAAAUAUCAGCCAAAAUUAGUUUGAAUUCUAUGUGUCUUUUUAUUUUUAUUGAUUUGCUUUUUUUUUUUUUGUUUUUUUUUUUUUUCUGUGCGUGCAUGCAUGGGCACAUGCCCCUGUAGGUUUAUUGUCAAAUGGCGAGGUGGGAGCUUUGGACUACAAACUAACUGAAUAGAGUAUUACAUUGUCACAGUUAAAUGGUCAUUGCAAAGAUUUUUUUUUGCUGAAGACUUGAAUAUUUUAGAUUGAAAAUCUGUUAAGCGUUCAGUGAAAUAGAUGUGUUGGUGUUUUUGUUUCAUUAGAAGUAACUAUGAUUAGGAACAUAAUGAAGAUGCAGUGUCCUAAUAACUGUUAGAAAUACACUACAUGCGUGGGAUUGUGUUCUGAAUACAAAACACUUUGUGUUGUGUUUAGUUUGAAUUAAGUCUGGGAGAUCUGUAGUAAGGAAAUGUACCCUAAUUUAAAAACGUUUCUGUUCUGGAUGAAAUAAUGGUGCCUUCUGUUUAAAGGUUCAAACAGCAGCCUUCUAUUAGCACAAGUGAGCCAUUUCAGAAGCUAAUAGAGCAGAGAGUUGGCAUUUUCACAACUGUAUUGGUGUUUGUUUUGAAAUGUUUUAGUGAUAUUAAUUGUUGGAACAUAACAUUUACAAAACAGAUAUGUUUCCCUUGAAAUAUUUUGUUUCAAAGUGAUUACCAUCACUAAAACAUUGCUCUAGAUGUGAAAUCAAAAUGUUGUGUUCAGGUUAUAUAUAUAUAUAUAUAUAUAUAUAUAUAUAUAUAUAUAUAUAUAUAUAUAUAUAUAUAUAUAUAUAUAUAAUGCAAGUUUCUUAAUUGCUGGCAUGCUUUAUCAGGAAUGAAGAAAUAAAUGUCCAAAGAAUAAAAAAUUUUACCAGUCGGAAUAUUGUACUAUUAGUUGGAGAUGUGCAUCAACAUACGAUAAUUACUCU